AUGUCUCACCAGACACACAACAUUCCUUGGAAUGUAUUCGGCUCCAAUCUCAGAUUCCGCAUCAGAAUCCCCUGUGCAGAUGACGGGGCCGGUUUGCAUUUCCGCUUCAGGCCUACGCAGGGCAAGGAGCUCACACACUUCGUCGAUGCUUUCACGCGGAACAUCCACCAACAUGCAGAUUCAGAGCGUCAUAAAUAUCCAAAGGCACAUGAAACCCCAAACUCGGAUGCCAUAGCUCUAGGUGAUAGCGUUGCUCGCAAAAUCACGCCCGCAGUCCGCCUUUGGCGCUUGGAGAGGCGAGACAAGCUUGGCGAGGUUGACGAGAGCCCAACCAACGAGCUUUGCCAUCAUUCUGAGCUAGACGAAGAAUGUCGCUGCCCUCUUCCAUACAAUCAAAGAAGGAUGGGCUCUUUCCUCCACAAAUAUAGGUGGUCCGACUGUUACAGGUUCUUUGAUGACCACAAGGAUGGGUACAUUGGUCUUGAGGUGUUUAAAACGCUUCUGAUGCACGGUGAGAUGGAUACGCUCCUCAAGAUUUGCGCCCAUCCGGACGUUGGAUUCCCAAGUUGGUGGGAUGCGCAGUUGUGUAUGUGCUACCCACGAGACCUUGGCCGGGAUUACCUGGAGUAUGCGCUGGACGCUUAUCUUGUGCUCAACAUUUUUCUGUCCUCCUUCCCCGAAUCAUGGGCCCCUGACCGCUCCUCAGAUCAAGACUACCGGCGUACGAGGAUAUACCAGAUGAUGAUCUUUCGAGUUACAGGAACAAAUCAGGCAUCCGAGCUGGCUACGCAUCCUCAUCGUCAGUUCUUUGGCAUCGCACGUGGCCAGUUCAACUCGUAUUCCGGAUUCAAAUGUCCCAUGACGUCAAAACGAAAAGACAAAUUCUCCGGUACGGACCAGCCAUAUGGCCGCCUAAGCUAUGAGGAAUUUCUGGAGAGCCAAAAGACAAUCGGCUUCCUGCCCUCAGUGUACGACGUCCUGCAUGUGCGCUGGGUCUUAUGCGAGAAGGGUCUCCCAGUGGAAGUAUCCCAACUCAUUCUUGACAAAGCGCUAUACAGGCCCCAACGCCGACUGAAAGUGCCCCACGACCCUCUUCACCCUGAAAACGCCGAAGAGUUGAACAAAUUCCUGAAGUUUUGCUGGCUGGUACUGGUACGGUCUGAAGUUGUGGCGAGAGAAGUCGGUAUGACGAUCCGGUGGAAGGAUUUGCUUUCUGAAUCAAUCGAGCGUUUACUUGGUUGUUCGUGCAGAAAGCUGCUGGAGUGGGGUGAGCCACCUGAUGAUGACUUACUGUGGUUUAAAUAG